UGUAACUCUUGUACAACUGAAGGUUCAUUUAUAAACAACAGAAUGUGUUUUGAUGAAAUAAAUGCACCGUUAAGGACAAAUGAAUCAUUCCGCUUAAGAAAAGAUGAUGAAUACCAUAAAGGAUUGUCUCCAUUAGAAGAUUUACCUAUCAAUAUCACCUCAUCAGUAGUUUUAGAUUAUAUGCACAACGUAUGUUUAGGGGUAGUCAAAAGGUUAUUAACAUUUUGGGUUAAAGGAAAAAAAUCUGUACGGUUUUUAAAUAAUAAUAUUCAAACAGAAGUAUCUUCUACAUUAAUUAGUUUAAAACCGUACUUACCUUCUGAAUUUAAUAGACUUCCCAGAUCUCUUGAAGAAUUAGAAUACUGGAAAGCAACCGAAUUUCGUACUUUUCUUCUUUAUACGGGAAUUAUAGCUUUAAAAGGCCGAUUAAAUAAGCAGUUAUUUCAGCAUUUCAUGCUUUUACAUAGUGCUAUUAGAAUUUUAUUAUCUAAAGAAACUUGUUUAACACUUAAUGGUCAAGCCAAAUGUUUAUUAAUACAAUUUGUAACAAAGUACUCUGAUUUAUAUGGCGUGGAGUUUAUUAGUUAUAAUGUUCAUGGGUUAAUACACUUGCCUGAUUUUGUGCUUGUACAUGGACCUUUAGAUCAAUUUAGCGCAUUUAAGUAUGAAAAUUGCUUACAAAAUAUUAAAAAAUGUAUUAAAAAUUCUAGGCAUCCAUUAUCAGAUAUUUAUAACCGUAUAAUUGAACAAAAUAAGCAAUUGAAACCUAUCAACAAUUACCCAGUUUUAAAAAAAGAAAUGGAGUAUAACCCUUUAAUAUGUAAAGACCCUACUGUAACUUUGUAUGAACAAAUUAUAAAUGAAUGUUUUAUUGUUAGUUCUAUCAAAGAAAAAGAUAAUUUUUUUUUCUAACUGAUAACACAUUAGUGAAAAUUGAAAAAAUUAUAAAAUAUUCUUAUAAUUCUAUUAUUAAGUUAGAAGUAAUUAAAUAUAAUAAUGUUACACCAAUGUAUAAUAAUCCUAUUAAAUCUGAUAUGAUUGGUUGUUUUUAUGUGGAAACCCAUAA